AUGACAACAAGAUCUCCGUACCUACUCGACCCCAUAGAGAACUUCUGCGCGAUUAGCGGGCAUUCAAGUCUGGUACUCGACAAUAAACUCUACAUAACAACCGGCUACGCCCCGGUCAUCGAAAAUGGCACGACCCGCAUCGCCUCUUCCCCGUGGAUCCGAGUAAUCGACCUCAACGAGCCAUUCAACCUAAACCGAACCGCCUCAGUAACCACAAUCCUCCCGCCUUCCAUAGUUCCCGUCAAUAUCCCCGACAACCAAGGCGCAUCUUUCUGGUGGGACCCUACAAGUUUGACAAUAAUAUAUACGCAAGGUGGUGGUACGGUUGAAGGCGGUGUUAUCAGAGAUGCAAAUUUAGUUUCUUUUGGUCGGCCGGGGAAAUCGUGGUUGGGAAGGUAUAAUUCUGGGAAUGAUUCAUUUGAAACUUGGGGGGAGAUAGAUACGCCUUUCUUGGGACAGACGGGACAAGUUUCUUCGCUUCGCAAUUUUUUCGAUCCAGUUGGGCGGAAGGGGUAUAUAUACGGUGGUGACGUUGUCGGUGAGGGAGGAGGUCAACGAAAUCAAGUUGUGACAUACGAUGCUGUUCAGCAAUCUUGGACGAAUCAAACGACUCCAUACGGUGCUUUCGACAGUGUAGGAGCCGCGAUUCCAUUCACAACAACAGCUGGGGAUGUUUUGGGGAUUUUAUUUGGUGGAACGUUGAAUGGGACGCCGUUAUCUAUGGAAACGAUAUUUAUUCAUGAUACGACAACGGAUAACUGGUAUCGACAGCGAACUAACGGUUCGCCACCAGUCUCACGUGGACACUUUUGCGCUACUGCUAUAAAAGCACCGGAUAAUACAAGUACCCAAAUUCUGGUCUUUGGUGGAUUUGGGGACGGCCAUCCAAGCGAUGUUUUUGCACUUUCAUUACCGUCGUUUACAUGGAUUCGAUUGGAAGAGCGGAGUCCAGACUUUUUACCCGGCCCAGGCGUUAGAUUGCAGCCGUCAUGCGACGUGGUCAACAAUAGAUUCUUCACAAUAUUUGGGGGAAGAAGUUUGGUAGGCGGAGACACGGCGAAUUGCGACAUAGAUCAAAAUGCGCUGUUCAUGUACGAUCUGACUGAGCGGGAGUGGAUAAUCGAUUAUGACCCGGCUUUGCGCGAUUAUGAUAUCCCAGAGCCGGUAUACCGGGCAAUUGGCGGAAACUCUUCGGGAUAUGCAACAGUAACAGAACCACCGGAGGGCUUCGCAGAACCAACAAUGGCAGAACUAUUCGCCAUAACCACUCCAGCCGCAACCACAUCUUCGCCACCAACAGGCACGGAGACUAAUAUACCACCUACAACAACAAGCGCUCCGGAACAGAAAAAAGCGAAUGUUGGCGGUAUCGUAGGUGGUGUAGUCGCUGGCUUAGUUAUAGUUAUCGGAGCAUUAGUAUGGUUAUACUUUAGAAAGAAAAAAAGGAAUCAGAAUCUCCCGGACUUACCAUUCGCGCAACCACCUCCGCCGCCUCCAAGGGCUGAGAUUGGAGGAUACCCUGCAGUCAGGCCAUAUGCAGUCGAAGUUGAUGCUUUCCCUCUAAGACCGGAAAUAAUGGAACUGAACGGGAACGGGAUAUUAAAACCACAUGGAGGGCCUCCGAUCGAGCUACCAGUGAUGGAAUUACCAGGAGAUCCAACAAAGCGGUAA